AUGGUCUGCAAGCUACUGUGUCAUGGUUCCAGCAUCUGUCCUGAGCAGCAUCGUGACAGUAUUGAUCUUCAGCCUCUGCUGUGUUGUGGCUCUGACUUGGAGAAUCUUGUUGGGGCAGAGCUUGUUAUACAUGCUCUGAUUCUUCUUAUAUUUCUGGUCACCUUAGAAGAUAGUGGAGGUGAAAGAGAGACUUUCACAGAUUUGGAUAUCAAAACAUCAGGGACUGGCUGCGUGAAGAUUCAGAAAAUAGAAUGUGAUAACUGCAAAAUAGAAACAGAGAAGGGGACUAGUGUCUUGCAGUCAAUAAAGAGCCAUAAAAUUGAUAUACGAACAAAUGGUGGCAAAGUAAUUGGUCUUGGAACACUUUAUGGAAACACAGAUAUUCAUGCAACAGAGAAGGGUAGUGUGAAUAUAGAGAAGCUGCAGGGGUCAUCCAUCAACAUAUCUACUGAAGAUGGGCUGCUGAAAACUAAGUAUCUCUAUGCAGAAUCAUCAUCGCUGUCUUCAGUAGCUGGUGAUAUUCUGCUGGGAAGUAUUCAUGGUAACACCAGCCUUCAGACCAAAACAGGGAGUAUCACAGUAGAUUCAUCAGAUGGAAGUCUAAAAGCUUCUACACAUCAUGGGGCAAUAGAUGUUUAUGUCAGUCAAUUAAGAAAAGUGGACCUGACAUCUCAGAAAGGUUCUAUUACAGUCAAGGUACCUGCCUCUCUCAAAGCCUAUUUACAGUUGUCUGGAAGAAAAGUGGAUGUGAGCUCAGAGAUCCAGUUAAAAGAAACACAAAGUGCUUCCAAAGACGAUCACGUAACCAUAAGUGGUCACAUGAAUCAAAAGAAUGAAACAGACAAAUGGAUUAAGGCUGACACACAAAAUGGCAAAGUAUAUCUUAAAAGCCAAAGCUGGAUCCAGUCUGUCAAGCUGAAGAAUUCUUAAAGGUGAAAUAGGCCAAAGAGAUUAAAUCAAGAAAUUGUAAAGGAACAUUUCUGUAAAAUUAUGAAACUUUGUAGAUGUAUGUUCAUAAUAUAAGAGAGAAACAAUAUUAAAAAUGAGGGUGUUUUAACCCAAGAUUUGCCUGUGACAGUGGCUGGUGCUUAACAGGUCUGGUUUUCUUUUAGUGCCUUUUAGGAACGACAAGAUCUUACCUAUUCAGAGUUUGUAUAACUUGACCCCCUUAUCGCAUGACUUUAAAGGUAGUAACUUUGAAACAAAAGGUUAGAGUCAUCAUUUAAAAAUAAAAAGCACUUUCA